AUAAUAUUUACUACAGUACAGCGUAUGCAACAAAGCCAUAUCCAUAUAAAGUAGAAGAAUACGUGUUUUUUACAGAUUAUGGGAGAAAUUACCUUAACAGUCUCCAAUCUGUCAACCAAACUGACCGAUGUCCUUUAUCUGUAUCAACAAAACAGAAUCCUCUGUGACUGCUGUAUACAGUGUAGUGACGGAGAAGUUUAUGCCCAUAAAAUCAUCCUGGCAAUGUGGGGAAUGUUUGGCUUCUACAUUGAUACUAUUGACACAAUUCAGGCUUCAAAAUUCACAACUGCAGAUGUUAAUAACUUUAUGAAGUUAAUUUAUUCAGGGAAGAGUUCAUUAAAUUUAAAUGCAGCAUUUAGAGUUGCUCAAUUUGGAAAACAAAUCGGUAUUAAGUUACGUUGUAUCGCAAAUUCUCUUGCACAUGAUUCUUUAGAAUCAGCUUUGUCAACCCUAAGAUCAUCUUCUUGUGUUGAAUUUCAAUUUAAUAACAGUGAGAAAAACAUCCUUUACAUUAAAUCCUUGCCUGAUUAUCAAAGCAGUUUUGCUGCCACAACAAAUGUUAGAUGUAGGGAGCCGAUCAAGAAGACAAAGUCAAUGUCUGGUAACAGUAGGGAACCCACCAAGAGGGCAAAGUCAGUGUCUGGUAACAUUAAGGAGCCAGUCAAAAAGAGGAAUUCAGUGUCUGGUAAAAGUAGGAAACAGAUCAAGAGAGCAAAGUCAGUGUCUGAUAACAGUAAGGAGCAGACCAAAAGAGCAAAGUCAAUAUCUGAUAACAGUAAGGAACCUAUCAAGAGGGCAAAGUCAAUAUCUGGUGUCAGUAGGGAACCAACUAAGAGAGCAAAAACAAUAACUGGUAACAGUAGAAAGCCUACCAAGAGGGCAAAAUCAAUGUCUGGUAACAGUAAAGAGUCAACUGAGAGGGCAAAGUCAAUAUAUGGUAACAGCAAGAAGCCUAUCAAGAGAUCAAAGUCAAUGUAUGGUAACAGUCGAGAACCUACCAAGAGGGCAAAGUCAUUGUCUGGUAACAGUAAAGAGUCAACUAAGAGGGCAAAGUCAAUGUCUGGUAACAGUAAAGAGUCAAUUAAGAGGGCAAAUUCAAUGUCUUGUGAUAGAAGGGAACCAGUCAAGAGGAGGAGGUCAAUUAUUACAGACAAAGGGAGUAAAAACUUAGACGAGUGUUCACUUUGUCAGUCAUCAGAUGUCAGUUCUACAGUACUCUUUGAUGAAAAUAAAUCAGCUAUAUUUCCAACUAAUAUCACAGACCAUAAUGCUGAACUUGAAAAGAAAAAUACCUGUAUGUCUUAUAAUGAAGCACAACCAGAGAUUGUGAUAGAAGUAAAAACUGAAAACUGCAAGAACUUAAUCCUAAAGACAGAGAAACAGGAAAAUGAGGACUAGGACUUUGACGUGGAAUCAUUGUGUAGGAGUGUAGGGGCAUUGGAGCUGCCAGAAAUAAUUCAGUCAGAGGGCAGUAUUUAGAAUGUUAAUGUCACAUGGAGAGUUUGUAGCCAAUAAUGCAGAAUUGUACCAGACCAUGUGGUUAAUUUCAAUAUAAACAGGAACUAAGUUUUAAAUGAUUUUGUUACUUUAAUAUUUUGCUACAAUUCAAUAAAGGAUAAUGCACUUAA